AUGCGCGAAAUGUUCCAUGCCAAUGUGAACAAUAACAAUAACAACAACAACCUAGAUGGAGGUCAGCAGCAGGUAAACAAACAAUUCAUGGACUUCAAACCAGCUGAGUUCAAGGGAAGCACCGAUCCCAUAGUUGCUGAAGAAUGGAUUCAGUCCCUGGAAACAAUCUUUGAGUUCAUGAAAAUCAGUAAUGGGGAUAGUGUGCGGUGCGUAACUUUUAUGUUUAGAAACGAUGCUCGCAUCUGGUGGCAAAGAGCAAAGUCUGUUUUAGACCUUUCUGCUGUGACAUGGGAAGACUUCAAGGACACCUUCUAUGGUAAAUAUUUCACCCUUAGCACUAGAAAUAAGUUGGCCCGUGAAUUUUUGGAGAUCCGUCAAGGUGAAGCUAGUGUGGCUGAAUAUGUAAAGAAAUUCGAAAGGGGGAGAUAUUUUGCUCCCAUGAUUCUUGGGAGUGCUUCAAUGGAGCUUAACCAUUUUAUGGAGGGGCUCAAUGCUACUAUCAAAAGGGACGUGCGUCUUAGUGGAGCAACUACUAUGAGAGAAACAAUUAAGAAGUCGCUAAUGGCAGAAAAGGACAGUGCUGAUAUUAUCAAGGAGUCCCAAGCUAAGAGAAACAACUAUUUUGGAAGGGAUUUUCAAGGACCCAGCUCUAAAAGACCUUUUCAGUAG